AUGGCCAGUAAUAUCUUGUCUGUGUUCAAUCCACCGCCACAAAGAGAAUUGACAGAUGAGGAAACGAAAGACUGUAUUCCUUGCCAGAUCAUGAGCACGAUGUUUAGUUUAGGAUUUGGUGGAUAUCUAGCUCUGGGUAAACCCUUUGAGUACUCAGAUAAAGAGAAGAAAAGAGGCAUCUCAUUAGAGAAAUUUCAAGAGCUCAACCCAAGAUGGUGGCGUGCCAGUCUCAGAGGUUUGGGCGGUGCUCUGAUGGUAUUUGGAGUGGUAAGGGGGACAGAAAAAUGGCUGUGGAACUCGAAUACGGGCAAAAAAUAA